UCCCUUCCUACAGCCCCGGGGCUCAGAGUCAUGGCGUCCGCCGAGUCGUCCGCCGUCACCGAGCUGUGUCAGAACGGGCGCCAGGUGUUCAUGGACGCCUCCCAGCUGCUGCUCACCUAUGCCGACAAUAUACUCCGGAGUCCAAAUGAAGAAAAGUACCGAUCCAUAAGAAUUGGGAACACCGCUUUCUCUACCAGACUCUUGCCAGUUCCGGGGGCUGUUGAGUGUUUAUUUGAGAUGGGAUUUGAAGAGGGAGAAACCCAUCUUUUGUUUCCUAAGAAGGCGUCAGUAGAGAAGCUGAAGAAGGUCCGAGACCACAUCGCAUCAGAGAGAGACAAACUCCUCAACGGAUCAGACGUGACAGCUCCGGUGGCUACAGGGACCGCACAGCCAGCACCAAGCCCCACCCUGGCAUCUGAAAUAAAAUUCUUCAAGACACUCCAAUCAAACUCUCAGCAUGUUCUAACGUACGAGCUGCCCGAGCUUCAGCAGAAAGCAAGAGAACACAUACCUGUCUCCGAACUGAAGGCGAGAGCUCAGGAAAAGCUUCAGCAAGCCAGGAGUCUUGAGUCUGACACCACUAUGAAUGAAGAGGACUUCUUGACGUUGGAGCUGUUACGCUGGUUUAAGGAACAGUUCUUCAGUUGGGUGAACAGCCUUCCUUGCAGUAAAUGUGGAGGGCAGACUGUAGCUAAAGGAUCACUUACGCCUUCUGCUGAUGAUCUGCGGUGGGGGGCAAACCGGGUGGAGAAUCAUUACUGCAACAAGUGUCAGCACAUCAACAGGUUCCCAAGAUACAAUGACCCAGGAAAGCUUCUGGAAGCCAGACGUGGGCGAUGCGGUGAAUGGGCAAACUGCUUUACCUUGUGCGGCAGGGCUUUAGGGCUGGAAGCAAGAUACGUGUGGGACUCCACAGAUCAUGUCUGGACUGAGGUGUUCUCUUCAUCUCAAAACAGAUGGCUUCAUUGUGACCCAUGUGAAAAUGCCUGUGACAAGCCCCUCUUAUAUGAAGUCGGAUGGGGGAAAAAGCUUUCCUAUAUCAUUGCAUUCUCCAAAGACGAGGUUGUGGAUGUGACUUGGCGGUAUUCUUGUAAACAUGAAGAAGUCAUCUCAAGGAGAAAAGAUGUGCGAGAAAAUUGGUUAAGAGAAACGAUUGCCGGUCUGAACAAGACGCGGCAGCAGGCUUUGCCAGAACAAAGAAAGAAGGAGCUGCUUGGGAGGCUGAUAGUCGAGAUUGUGGAGUUUAUGUCUCCAAAGACACCUAAAGCUGGUGAGCUUGGUGGGCGAGUGUCAGGAUCUCUAGCUUGGCGGGUGGCACGAUCAGAAGCUGGUUUGCAGACCAAGACCAAGAGUUUCGUCUUCGUACCCACUGAAAAAGAGAAAGCGGACAAGCGUUUCCAUCUUCAGUACAAUGUGGUUGAUGAUUGCUACACAAGGGUCUCAAAUAACAAUGAGGUGAUCAGUGGUUGGGAAAAUGGAGUCUGGAGGACAGAGUCUAUAUGUAGGAAAGUGGAGAAUGACUGGAAAAUGGUAUAUUUGGCACGCACAGAAGGUACCUCCUCAGCUAAUAUUGGCUGGAAGUUUGAAUGUGCAUCAGUGGGAUUGAGCAUUGACAGUAUAAGUGUCCGGACAGGUAGCCAGACUUUCAACAAUGGCGAAAUAAACUGGAAGCUGCGUUCUCUAGAAACACAAGUAGACGUUCAUUCUGACAAGAACCUCUGUUCGUAUCCAGAGUUUGGAAAUGCAUCAGAAGUUCUAUUGGAAGCUGAUCUAUGUGGCGGGGAAGGAAAUACCGCCUGGCAGCAUACACAGUUGUUUCGAGAGGGUCUUGGCGCCACUGAACACUCUUUGGAAAUGAUUAUAACUCUUAAAGAACUUUAGGAAUCCUCUUUUAAAUUUUUUUUUUUACAUUUCAAGUAUGGUUUGUUUCAUAAGAAAAGAGGUUUCUUUUGGGAUCCUGACGGGAUUGAUCUGACAUCUUUCACAUCUUCCCUGGCUCUUGAUGGCGCUGGGCUACUUCUGGAUCUGGGUUUCCUGUAUAUGAAAAUGUCAAGGUUUUAAAGGGGUGUUCUGGUGAUGUGAAGUUAUUUCCUAUGCACAGGCUAGGGGAUAUCUAUUAGAUUUGGGGAAGUCCUACCACUGGGACCCCCACUGAUCACUGUACCCUGUGGAGCCCCUCAAAAUUAACAGACGGCCAGUUGGACAUGCAUGUGACUGCUCGAUUUAUUUCUAUGGCAGUUCCGCUGUCUCUGAAACUCGGGGCAUGGGGGGUCCCUUUAAUGUGUUUUUAAAGUCUGAUUAAACAGCAUGAUGGGUUUUUUUUUAAUCAUUUCGGAAGCUGUAUCUUUUACUUUUUACCUGCAUUUUUUUUUACUAGAGAUUUUUUUUCCCCUUAUGAACAUAGGGAUUUUUUGCAGUUUUGCUGCUGCACUUGUUGGGACAUGCUGAUUUUUUUUAUUUUUAUGGGGGGGGGGGGGGUUUGUCAGCUCUCGACAGUGGAAUAUUUUAUUCCCCGUGAAAUAACAACGCGUGAGCACCUUUUCAUGUGACUCCACUUUGUUAUUCCUACUGGAAACAGGAAUAAAUUGACAACUGGUUGUUACCAUUCCCUUUGUCAGUCCAUUGUGACCUACACAGCCUGUCAGAGUAUUUUAUUCUAUAUUACCAGGAGGAAUAACCGAGGGACAACAUUAUGUAAACUGGUAAGAUACUUCAGAAUUGCUAUUGCAUAGGGAAUGGAAAGUUUCACUAAAACAAACUCAUCAGGGGAGGG